CUCUGCACCCCCGGCCAAAUCAUGGUGGAAGCUAGCUUAAGCCACGGGGCAUCCGGCCAUGUCGCAAACAUCAAAUGCCACGGCCUGAUGGGCGGCCAUCAUCAAGACAUCAAGAACCUAGCGUUCACCCGCUGCAGGCUGAUCUGCCGGGGACGGGAAGUGAGCCCCGCGGACGGAGCACGACGCGAGCCGACGCAACACCCCCAUGGAGUCCUCCGUCGCGGUCGUGGCGGUGCCGUUCCCGGCGCAGGGCCACCUGAACGCGCUGCUGCACCUGUCGCUGCAGCUCGCGGCGCGCGGCCUGCCCGUCCACUACGCGGCGCCCGCGGAGCUCGCCCGCCAGGCCCGCGCGCGCGUGCACGGCUGGGGCGACAGCGCCCUCCGCCGCGUCCGGUUCCACGAGCUCCCGAUCGCCGCGUACGCCUCGCCGCCCCCUGACGCCGGAGCCUCGGCGGCCUUCCCGUCCCACCUCAUGCCGCUGUGGGAGGCCUUCACGGCCGGCGCGCCCGCCCCGCUCGCGGCGCUCCUCGCCGCGGUCUCCGCCUCCCCCCGCCGCGUCGUCGUCCUCUACGACAUGGCCAACGCCUUCGCCGCCGAGGCGGCCGCGCGGCUGCCCAACGGCGAGGGGUUCGCGCUGGCCUGCACCUCCCUGUCGAGCCUCCUCUGGCAGGCGGACGCCGGGUGCCGCCUCCUGCGCGAGCGCGGCGUCGAUUACGUCCCCGUAUUCGCCUACAUCACGGAGGAGUUCAUGGAGUACGCGAGCAAUCGGAUGAGAUCAGCGCAGACGAUACCAUCCAGCUCCGGCGUCCUCACCAACACCUGCCGCGCGGUCGAGGGUCCGUUCAUCGAUUGGUUCGCCGAGCAGGUGGCUCCUGCCGGCAAGAAGCUCUUCAACAUCGGCCCCUUGAACCCGUUGCUCGACGUCGACGCGAGUUCAUCCGUCGCGCACGAAAGCGGGAAGCGCCACGAGUGCCUGGAUUGGCUCGACAGGCAGCCGCCGGCAUCCGUGCUCUACGUGUCGUUCGGCUCGACGUCGUCGCUGCGAGGUGAGCAGGUCGCGGAGCUCGCCGCGGCGCUGCGCGGCAGCAGGCAGUGGUUCAUCUGGGUGCUGCGCGACGCCGACCGCGGCAACGUGUUCACGGACCACGGCGAGGACCGGCACGCCAAGUUCCUGUCCGAGUUCACGGAGCAGGCCCAGGGCUGGGGGGUGGUGGUCACCGGGUGGGCGCCGCAGCUGGAGAUCCUGGCGCACGGCGCCACGGCGGCGUUCUUGAGCCACUGCGGCUGGAACUCGACGGUGGAGAGUCUGGGCCACGGGAAGCCCAUCCUGGCAUGGCCCAUGCACUCGGAUCAACCGUUGAACUCUGAGCUGGUGUGCAAGCACCUCAAGGCUGGCAUCCUAGUGAGGCCGAUCGAAAUGCAGAGGGAGGUGAUAGUGAUACCCAGCGCGACCAUACAGGAGGCAAUUGAGAAGAUGAUGGUCUCGGAUGAAGGGCGCCAGGUCCAGCAGCGCGCAAUGGAGCUAGGCGAAGCCGUACGUUCAUCGGCGGUGGUAGGCGGAGCAUCGCACAAGGACCUUGAGGACUUCAUUACUCACAUGACCAGGUGAUACAUGAGAGAGAGAGAUGGGUGGGGAACUGUCUUCAUAUCUUCCUUUCAGAAAAAAAAACUGAUUUCUUACUUCUAUGGCACCUUAUCCUUUUCAAUUUGUGUCAUUUUCAAGUGAGCUUGAGCUUUAGAAAUUUAAGAACAUUCUGGCUGUAUCUACUGCAUCGGCAUUACACUCGUCUCAUCUCAUGUGCCGGCCGGCGGCCUUCAACAGAAAAAUAUCGAGUGACGGGAAAAGACAGAUUUUACUAGGUCUAGGAAUAUCGUUCUGAAAAAAGAAAGAAAAUCUCCAUGUUAUUGCCGUACCUAUGAAUCUAUGAUGAUGGAUGC